AUGAGACUAGCCUUAAUACCGUUGCUCUCCGCCAAGAGUACUUUCCAUAUUGGAACUAGGGCUUUAUUGACACAUUCUUUUAAUCAAAGCUGGCCAAAGCAGUUUUUGACGAGGCCCUACUCUGAAGCAAGCACCUCUUCAACCUCGUUUAAGAAGGAGACGUUCUCUCAACAACCAGACGAUUUUGCCAAAACAAGACUAACAAAUCCCCAGUACAGUGACAACAAUGGAUUGCUUUUAGUAGUAGCAAUAACACCAGCAGCAAGAGACAAGCUGCUAAGCAUAGCCAAAGAAGAGAACAACCCCAAUGUCGCCCUCAGAGUCAGCGUAUCAUCUGGGGGAUGCCAUGGGUUUCAGUAUAACUUAGAGUUGAAUGAUAUUAAAAAUUAUGACAAGUCAGUGGAUUCCUUAUUCGAAAGAGAUGGCGCCAAAGUACUUAUAGAUAAGACAAGUUUGGAGAUUUUGAGAGAUAGUAAAAUCGAUUACACACAUGAACUGAUUGGAAGUCAGUUCAAGGUAGUUGACAGUCCAUACACGGCAACUAGUUGCGGAUGUGGAGCAAGCUUUGAUUUUGAUUUCGAUAAGCUCAAACAGGGAUAG